AUGUACGCAAAGAAAGACAACCAAGCUAAAAACACUACUGGCCCAACAGUCCCAUCACUUCAAAGUAUCGAAACAACCUCUACCUCUGCUGCUAGCACCGCUACCACUGAUACUACCAAGUCAACUAAACCAGAUGGUAAAGAUGGUAAAGAUGGUAAAGAAGGUGAAGGAGGUAAGGAAGAUCAAGUGAGCAGCUUAGAAAGGAGAGUUUCAGAGUUAACAAAGUUGGUUGGUGAGCUAAGCAUUAGUAUGAAAACACCUACCCAGACCUCUCAAAGUCCAACUCAAGUUAGUACAACUGACGAGCCUGGAACUCAAGAGAGGGACAGAUCAAUCGACGUAACGCUGUUACUAUCUGGUAUAUCUCCCAAAGCAAAUGCUGAAAAUCAUGUCAUGUUAGGUUCUCCUGCUACCUAUAAGGGUAGGAAAGGCAGUACAGAAAAUUCGAAUGAUGGUAUUGAAAUCAAUGGACAAGAAGAAGCUUGUAAGCUUAUCAAUGAAAUUAGAAAAGAAAUUGUUGAUAAUAACAAUGUUGAGAACUUAUCUUACAUUCAAAACCCGAGUGAAAAGAUUGAGAGAGCUUUUAUCGCGGUCCAUAGCACAUUAGCAACAAAGGUUAAUAAAACACCUAAUGAUGAGAUGGUAUUAAACAGAUAUGAUAUUCUGAAGUUCCCUGGACCCAAAUCAAAAGACAUGGAGGGUUUCUUUCACUGGUUCAAAAGACUCAUAUGGUAUAAGCAUGUGAAUUGUAUUCCUGACUAUUUAUUGAGGGAUGAUAUAAUCUCAGCAGCUGUUCUGAUUCAUAAUCAAGGGUUGGAAAACGUUGUACGUGCUGCGUGUAAGAAACCAGAUGAAAUCGAAUAUGGACCUAUCAAGUAUCAACAGAUUUUCCUGAUGUGGCAAAGAAAAAACACCCAAGAUGCUUCUGUUGAUUUAGUCGGUGAAGUAAAUAGGUUGAUGAAACUGGGAGAUGAUCCUAUGAGUACCAUGAUCACUAUUCUGAUCGAAAUUGAAAACUACUUAUCCUACAAUAAAUUAGGUGAUUUGCCUAUUAUUACUUGGGUCCGAUUAUUCAAAACCCUUUAUGACAACCAAGGACAUAUUAUGAAGCAAAUAUUCAAUCAGAUGGAUAGCAGAGUCAAAUUGAGAAAAUUAAAUGACGAAGGAAAAUUAGAGGAUUCAUACCUCAAUGGAGAACUUAUCCGCCAAUGCCUCUUAACGAUUGAAGCAAGUGAGUAUCAGGAAUUACUAGGAAAAAAGUUACGCGCAUCGUAUGAUGACAUAUGGCAAGCUACCAACGCUACAUUCAACCAAAAGAUAUCAAUGAUAAGUUUUGCUAAACCUAACUCCAAAGUAAGAAAAGACACAAAAAAUAAAUGCGAUUUUUGUGGAAAACAGGGUCACAUCAUGACCAUUUGUUACAAAGCUCAAAAUGCAGUGAAGAACAAGGAGAUAAUCAAGAAGGAUGGAAAACUCUGCAUGAUGGAUGGUAAAGAGUUGCAAAUAGCUGCUGGUGAAACUAUUAUGCUGAAGUAUCCUGAGUUGUUCAAGAACUUUGCGAGGCAACGCACGCAAACCACAAACAAAACCUAA